AUCCACAAUAUUCUCUGAUACGCAAGUGGUCCUCUCUUGUGGAUAAAAAUUAAAAAGCAACUGAACUCAUACUGCUACAAUGCAAUUGUAGAUCACCAUAUUUGAUUCGAUUUUCAUCUUCUUCCAUCUCCAAAUUUAAGAUGUUCAUUUCAUGGAAAUCAAUCUUCUUCUUCUUCUUCUUCUUCUUCUUCUUCUUUUUCCAAUUCUGCAAACCAUCCUCAGACCUCCAGUUUCCAUGUAAUCUAUCUCUCCAUCCUUCUUAUCCCUUCUGCAACCAAUCCCUCUCCAUCACAGCCAGAGCUCAGGCCAUAGUCUCUUUGCUCACUCUUCAAGAGAAGAUCCAACAGCUCUCAAACAACGCCUCUAGCAUUCCUCGUUUGGGUAUUCCUUCCUACCAGUGGUGGUCCGAGGGCCUCCAUGGCAUAGCCACCAACGGCCCUGGUGUCACCUUCGACGGCCCCAUAUCUUCGGCCACCACCUUCCCGCAAGUCCUCGUAACGGCUGCAUCUUUUAAUAGAACUCUCUGGUUCUUAAUUGGGUCCGCGAUCGCAGUCGAGGCUAGAGCAAUGUUCAAUGUUGGGCAAUGUGGGUUAACAAUUUGGGCCCCUAAUGUCAACAUUUUUAGGGACCCCAGAUGGGGAAGAGGCCAGGAGACUCCAGGUGAAGAUCCCAUGGUUGCUUCGGCUUAUUCGAUUGAGUUUGUUAGAGGUCUUCAGAGCGGGAAUUGGAUGAGAAAGCGUGAAAUUCGAAAUGGGUUUGAAGAAAAUGGGCUAUUGGAAGAAGAUGAUGGGAUGGGAAGUUUAAUGGUCUCUGCUUGUUGCAAGCAUUUCACUGCUUACGACUUGGAGAAAUGGAAUAAUUUCACUAGGUACACCUUCGAUUCUGUGGUAACAGAGCAAGAUCUUGGCGAUACAUAUCAGCCACCUUUCAGAAGUUGUAUUCAACAAGGAAAGGCUAGCUGCUUGAUGUGUUCUUACAAUGCGGUUAAUGGGGUGCCUGCAUGUGCAAACCCCGAUCUUUUGCAGAAAGUUCGAAAUGAUUGGGGACUGAAAGGGUAUAUCACCUCGGACUGUGAUGCAGUAGCAACAGUUUUUGAAUAUCAAAAGUACGCCGACACUCGUGAGGAUGCUAUAGCUGAUGUUCUCAAAGCCGGACUGGAUAUUAACUGUGGUACAUUCAUGCUUCGGAAUACUAAAUCUGCGAUUGAUCAAGGGAAGGUGAAAGAAGAAGAGUUAGAUAGUGCUCUCCUUAAUCUAUUUUCGGUUCAAAUCCGUCUCGGACUCUUUGAUGGGAAUCCAAGAGAGGGGAAGUUUGGGGAGCUGGGAGCACAAAAUGUUUGCACUGCACAACACAAAACUCUGGCUCUAGAAGCUGCAAGGCAAGGAAUUGUGCUGUUGAAGAAUGAAAACAGAUUUCUUCCGUUGGACAAGAAUGCCAUUCCUUCCUUAACUGUUAUUGGAUCUUUGGCUAAUGAUUCAAGCAAAUUGCUUGGAGGUUACGUAGGAGUUCCCUGCAGCCCAAUGAGCCUUGUUGAGGGAUUUCAAGAAUAUGUUGAGACGAUAUUCUUUGCAUCCGGUUGCCUUGAUGUGCCAUGUGCUUCAGAUAAUGGAUUUGACGAAGCAAUUCUUAUAGCCAAAAAAGCUGAUUUUGUUAUUGUAGUGGCUGGACUCGAUGCAUCUCAAGAAACUGAAGAUCUAGACCGAGUUAGUCUUUUACUACCUGGUAAACAAAUGAACCUUGUAUCUUCUGUGGCAUCGGUGAGUAAGAAACCGAUCAUCCUCGUGCUCAUUGGUGGAGGACCACUCGAUAUAUCUUUUGCUAAGAAAGACUCAAGAGUUGCAAGUAUUCUUUGGAUCGGGAAUCCUGGGGAAGCUGGUGGAAAAGCUCUUUCUGAAGUCAUAUUUGGAGACUAUAACCCAGGUGGAAGGUUACCCGUAACAUGGUAUCCACAAUCAUUCACCAACGUUCCUAUGAAUGAUAUGCACAUGAGAGCCGACCCAUCUCGUGGUUACCCCGGAAGAACAUAUCGAUUUUACACCGGAGAUAGAGUCUACGGAUUUGGGGAAGGCUUGAGUUACACAAGUUUCAAGUAUAAGUUGUUAUCAGCACCAAAGAAGCUGAGACUUUUGGGGAAAAUUGAGAAGUCUAGAAGAAGAAUAAUACCUCAAAUAGGAGAUGGAGUGAAUAUGAGUUUUAUGGAAGUCGAGGAAGUAGAAUCAUGUGAUUUGCUGAGAUUUCAAGUUAAGUUAUCAGUGACCAACAUUGGUGACUUUGAUGGCAGCCAUGUGGUGAUGCUGUUCUCUGAGUUUCCAAAGGUCUUGAGAGGCACUCCUCAACGGCAGCUGAUUGGCUUUGAUCGCUUGCAUGUGAAGAGGCAGCAAUCAGUUCAAAGCAGCAUAUUGGUGGAUCCUUGUAACCAUGUUAGUUUGGCAGAUGAAUAUGGAAAAAGAGUGAUUCCUCUUGGUGAUCAUAUAAUAAGCUUGGGAGAUUUAGAGCAUAUUAUUUCAAUUCAGGUAUAAGUGUGUAUAUGUGUGUGAAAUAAAAUAUCUUAGGAUGCUCUGUUUGUUGCUUCUUAAAGUAUAUGCUCGUAUCAAAUUAAAAUAUACCUCAAUUUAAAAGUUCGCAUUUGAUUUGAUGAGUAUUAUUGUAACAAAACAUUGUUAUGUUUAAUCAAGUUUCAUAUUAUAGUUUA